GCGGUUCGCGGCUUCCCUUCGUCGUCUCUCGCGCGCUGGUUUUGACUUGGCUGCUGCUGGGCUUUACGUCCGUCGUCCCACUAUGCAGCUUGACCCUCGGAAGAAGCCGCCGGAGAAGAAGGCGGGAAAGCGGCUCUUUGAGGUCGAGUCCUUCGGGAAGGACCUGCUGGCAGGCGGGGUCGCGGCUGCUGUGUCCAAGACGGCGGUGGCGCCCAUCGAGCGGGUGAAGCUGCUGCUGCAGGUGCAGGCGUCGUCCAAGCAGAUCAGCCGGGAGGCGCAGUACAAAGGCAUGGUGGACUGCCUGGUGCGGAUUCCCCGCGAGCAGGGUUUCUUCAGUUUUUGGCGUGGUAAUUUGGCAAAUGUUAUCCGGUAUUUUCCAACACAAGCUCUAAAUUUUGCUUUUAAGGACAAAUAUAAACAACUUUUCAUGUCUGGAGUUAAUAAAGAAAAACAGUUCUGGAGGUGGUUUUUGGCAAACCUGGCUUCUGGCGGAGCGGCUGGGGCAACAUCCUUAUGUGUGGUAUAUCCGCUAGAUUUUGCCCGAACCAGAUUAGGUGUCGAUGUUGGAAAAGGUCCCGAAGAGCGACAAUUCAAGGGGUUAGGUGACUGCAUUAUGAAAAUAACAAAAGCAGAUGGAAUUCUUGGCUUAUACCAAGGGUUUAGUGUUUCAGUACAGGGCAUCAUUGUGUACCGAGCCUCUUAUUUUGGAGCUUAUGACACAAUUAAGGGCUUACUACAAAAACCAAAGGAAACCCCAUUCAUUGUCUCCUUUUUCAUCGCUCAAGUUGUGACUACGUGCUCUGGAAUACUCUCUUAUCCCUUUGACACAGUUAGAAGACGUAUGAUGAUGCAGAGUGGUGAGGCUGAACGGCAAUAUAAAGGAACUUUAGACUGCUUCGUGAAGAUAUACCAACAUGAGGGAGUCAGUGCAUUUUUUCGUGGUGCCUUCUCCAAUAUCCUUCGUGGUACAGGGGGUGCUUUAGUGUUGGUAUUAUAUGACAAAAUUAAAGAAUUUCUUAAUAUUAAUGUUGGAGGUAGUUCAUCAGGAGAUUAAAUUGUUAAAUGCAUAUAUUUGUUAAACAGCAAUUACAUAGCUGCCAUCUGUAUACAUUUUGAUAGCAAUUUUU